UUUUGUUUUGACAUUUGUCUGGUCUCAGGUGUCAGACGUUGCACUACAGUUUAGUAACAGAAAUUUUCAACGAAUAAAAGCACCAUGAAGUUUUUGGCAUUUGCGUGUCUAAUUGCUGUGGCCUAUGCUUAUCCUAGCAGACUUGGUGAGGAAAAAUGUACCUAUGGACCUUCGUACUGGUGUGAUAACUACAAACAGGCUGUUGAGUGCAAGGCUGUUGAACACUGUAGAAAUUAUGUGUGGAAACCUAAGGGGGCUGACCAAUGUGACCAGUGCAAAGCUGCUAUUACAAAAUUAAAUACUUUUGUGGCAACAAAUUCAUCAAAGGUUCUUGAAAUCAUGAACAAUGUCUGUGCUGGACUUGGCAGUAGUGCUCCUGAGUGCAAACUUGCUGUUCAAAUGUAUGGAGAACAGAUCAUUGCUGCGCUUAAAGAAAUAACAUCUGAUGGUGAAAAACUGUGUAAAGAGCUCGAACUAUGUACUUCCGUCGGUAAUGUGAAAAUCAUAAAAGAAAUUCUUGUCAGAAAACUGAAAUCUCAUCCGUACAUUGUUAGGCUGAAAUCUGCGAAGGCUGAUUAUUGCAAUGACUGCAAGCUUGUAUUUGGUGAAAUAAAGACCGUCUUAGAAGACGACGAUUUGCAGAAAGAAAUCGUUGCUGCAGUAGAAGAUCUCUGUGAGGAGUUUGGAAGCUUUGCCACUCAAUGCAAGUCCUACGUCGAUACAUACCUGCCUUUGAUUUUGGAUGAACUCGCCAGCUUAGAUGAUCCAACUGAAAUUUGUGAUGAGCUCGGUCUUUGUAAUUCAACGGUGAAAGCUGUCACGAGUGUCUUGAAACAUUCGCCACCACAGGCACAGGCUGACAAUUGUGACGAGUGUAAAGCUGCUGUAGCAAAACUACACGCUUUAAUCGAAGCAAAUUCAUCGAAACUUAUCGAAAUCAUGAACAAUUUAUGUGCUGAACUUCCUCAAUCUGCUGCUGCCAAGUGCAAAAUGGUUGUAAAAGAGUAUGGAACACAGAUCGUUGCUUUCCUUGGAGAAGCUACGGCUGAUGGUGAGAAAGUAUGUAAAGAACUUGAAUUAUGCUCGUCCACUGACAACGUGAAAAUCAUCAAAGAAAUUCUUCUCAGUAAACUCAAACGGCACCCAUACAUCCGUGCUCUGAAGUCUGUGAAGGCUGAUUAUUGUGAAGACUGCAAACUAGUGUUCGGUGAAAUAAAGGACCUUUUGCAAAACCAGGAUAUGCAGAAAGAAAUCAUCCAAGCAGCAGAAGCUCUGUGUGAUGAGUUUGGAAGCUUCGCAGCUCAAUGCAAGACAUACGUUGAUACAUAUCUACCCUUGGUUUUGGAAGAACUCGCCAGCUUAGAUGAUCCAACUGAAAUUUGUGAUGAGCUCGGUCUUUGUAAUACAACAAUGAAAACUCUCACGAGUGCCGUACAACAUUCGGUGGCACAGCCGGAGGACCAAUGUGAUGAAUGCAAGGCCGCUGUAGCAAAACUAAAUGCUUACGUCAAAGCAAAUCCAUCGAAGGUGAUCGAAAUCUUGACCAAUUUGUGUGGAGGAAUUCCUGUUGUCGCUGAGCAGUGCAAAUCAGCUGUGCAAAAGAAUAAAAAAGAGGUCAUCGCUUUUCUCAGCAAUGUUACGGCUGACGGUGAAAGACUGUGUAAGGAUCUUGAAUUAUGUUCAUCCACUGACAACGUGAAAAUCAUAAAGGAAAUUCUUCUCACAAAACUGAAAGGUCACCCGUACAUCCGUGCCCUGAAAUCUGUAAAGGCUGAUUACUGUGAAGAGUGCAAACUAGUGUUUGGUGAAAUUAAGGACCUGUUACAAGACAAGGAUAUGCAGAAAGAAAUCAUCAGUGCAGUCGAAGCUCUGUGUGAUGAGUUUGGAAGCUUCGCAGCGCAGUGCAAGACGUACGUUGAUACAUAUCUACCCUUGGUUUUGGAAGAACUCGCCAGCUUAGAUGAUCCCACUACGAUUUGUGAUGAGCUUGGUCUUUGCAAUGCAACGCAUAAAGCUGUCGGUAUCAUGAGUGCCUUAGAACACCUGCAACCGCUGGCAGAGAGCGUUUUAGUACCCAUUAUGCCUGGCCCUGUGAUUCUAACACCACCAAAGAAUGUUGAGUCCGAUGAAGACAAGUGUGAAGAGUGUGAGGCCACAAUGAAAUUGGUGAAUUACUAUGCUACCAAUAAUAGCACUCAACUCGUGGCAGUCAUGAGAGAAAUGUGUGCUACACUUGGCUCUAAAGCAAAGAUGUGCAAUGAUACUGUGACUUAUUUUGGGUCUACGUUGAUCAAAACUAUUAAGGACGUUACGGCUCACCCAAAAAAACUGUGUACAGAACUUGGAAUGUGCUCUUCAAAUAGCAAGGAAGAAUUCAUCAAGAACGUUUUCGUCGCGAACCUCAAAACACAUCCCUCUAUCCAGAAUCGUUUAACGUCGAAGGAUAAUUUCUGUGACGAAUGUAAACUGGUCUUUGCCGAGGUCAAAGAUAUCUUAGAAGACAAAAGUAUGCAGGAAGGACUUACUACUCUUCUCGAGUCUCUUUGCGCCGACCUUGGAUCUUUUGCUGAUCAAUGCAAGACCUACGUGGAGGCUUACCUGCCUUUGAUAUUGGAGGCACUCGCCAGCAUGGAUGAUCCUUCCAAAGUUUGUACCGAACUUGGUCUCUGUAACGCGACAAGCAAAGCUGUUGAUCGUUUUGAAAUGGCUCUUCUUCGCCCGGCACUGAAGAAGGUCGAGGCUCCUACAGGCUCAGCCGAAUGUAUUAUCUGUGAAUUUGUUAUGAAAGAGUUGGACAGUAUAUUGGGGGACAAAGCUACGAGGGAGGAAAUUGAAGCAGCGCUAGAUAAAGUGUGCUCAUUGCUACCGUCGACGAUAAGAUCUGAGUGUGAUACCUUCGUCAACAAAUAUGCCGACGAGAUCAUCACACUUCUUUUGGAGGAAAUUACACCGGAUCAAAUCUGCACUAAACUUGGCUUGUGUUCUUCUAAUGGAAAACCUUCCAAAUUUACCUUCAGCAAGCCUAAUGACGAGACAUGUGAUCUUUGCAAAAUGGCCGUGCAGUAUUUGGAGAGCAUCCUCGAAUCAAACGCAACUGAGGAAGAGAUUAAGAAGGCGCUUGAGGAUAUUUGCAAUAUGCUUCCUGCUUCCUUGAAGACAGAGUGUAAUGCCAUUGUGGCAGAGUAUGGUGAUCUCAUCAUUAAGAUAAUCCUCGGUGAAAUUACCCCGGAUGAAGUCUGCGAGCUCCUCAAGCUGUGUCAAGCUUCUAAGAAAUUGGACCUGAAAGAUGGUUGUAUCUUGGGUGAAUCAUAUUGGUGCAUUAGUGUCGAAAAUGCUCGGAAAUGCAACGCCUUGAAGCACUGCAACUACAUCCACUAAGAAGUUAAACGAAAAAUGGACAAUGACACUAAAUUAACUUUACAAUUUCGUAUACGUAAUUUUUACAAUUCAUAAAAAUAUUAGAUAAUAAUAAUAAUAAUAUUAAUUAUAACAAUAGUAUGCAAACUUAUUUUUAGUUCCAUGUGAUUAAAAUUAUCCUAAUAUAUGCUCAUACAGUAGGGAUAAAGUUUAGUUACUGGGUAGGAUUUUGGUUUAUGGAAGUAUAUUAAGAAUGAUAACUGAAAGUGCUUAUUGUAUAUGGGGUGGUUUAUUAAAAUUUUUUAUUACUAAAGCAGCGAA